GUCCAUCAUCUCUCUUCGCUUUCCUUGUGUACUCGCUCCUUCUCGUCCUCCUCCCUGAUUCCCACCAUCGCCCGACCAAAGCAAGAAUCUUCGAGGACGAAAUGGCGAGGCUGGCUGUUCUGUUCGCCCUCUGCUUGCUCCCCGCUAUCGCCGUCGCAGCUCGCCCCACGAGGGCCCCGCUCGCGGUGAUGGGUAGGGUCUACUGCGACACCUGCCAGGCCGGCUUCGAGACCCCCGCCUCCACCUACAUCGCCGGUGCCAAGGUAAAAGUGGAAUGCAAGGACAGGACAAGCAUGAAGCUCCUGUAUAGCCAGGAGGCGUUCACGGACUCCACCGGAACCUACAAGAUGUUCGUCUCAGAGGAUCACCAGGGUCAGCUUUGCGAUGCCAUGCUCCUGAGCAGCCCACAGCCCAAUUGCAUGAAGCCAGCCGCAGGACGUGACCGCGCCCGUGUCAUCCUCACUCGCUACAACGGGAUCGCUUCAGACGACCGAUACGUCAACAACAUGGGAUUCGUGAUGGACCAGCCCAUGGCCGGCUGCGCCAAGGUCCUUCAGCAAUAUCAGGAUUUUGAUGAGUAGAACCUCAGUCUGAGAGCCUCUUAUUUGUUAAUUUACUUACAUAUUAGCAUAAAUUGGACUGGUUGCAGUUGGAUAUUACUUGGAUUGAUGCGUCGUCUUUGUCUUGUUUUUAAAUGAACUUGUUUUCUGCCGAGACUGGACUUAAAAAGAUGCGUGUGCUCUUCCCGUC